AUGCAGGGUACCUUAAGGGACAGGCCUGCGGUGCUACAGGACAGAAGGAAAGGAAGCAGGCUUAUUUGUGCUGCCAUUGGAGAUAACAAGAGGGGCUUACGAGGAUCCUGUCCUGUGUCUCUGGACGUCAUCAACCUAAGUCAGCAAGCAGAAAGGCCCACAGAUGGGGUUGGCCUCCGGCAGCUGGACGUGUCUUUGCUCUGCCAGCUAUACAGCCUCUACGAGUCAAUUCAGGAGUACAAGGGUGCGUGCCAGGCGUCCUCCAGCCCUGACUGCACGUGUGCACUGGAGAACGGCUUCUCUGACGAGGAAGAAGAGGGUUUCCAGGACCAGAGCUCCCUCCGUGAAGGCCAGGAUGGAGGCCCUCCUGGGAGCUUGCCCCUGCCUGUGCCCCACCUCUCUGGCAGUGACUGGAUUUUAGAGUCCAUCUAGGGCCUCGGGUGGUGGUGGCUUCAAACUGGACCCACUGUCAGCAUCUGCUGCUCUUCUUGCAAAAAUGUGUUUAGCCUGUCCACUGUGGACAGUCCUUGGCCACGUGGGACUUCAAGGGGAGUCCAUUGCUGCGCAGUGGUGAUCUGCUUGAGUGACCCUGAGGUGCUAAGAAUGCUUUGGCAGCUUGUGUUGGGUGCAGACACCCCUGCUGGAGGUUCUUGGGACAAGAGGCCCUGCAGGAGGCCUGAGUCACUCCUUACAGACAGGUCACUGGCAUCUCCUCCAUGAGGGUCAUGCUUCCAGUUGGGGAUGGAUGAAGCCAUUCCUCUGCCCUUCCCCAGCCUAGUCAGCGGCACUUCUUACUGUUUAACAAGUGGUGGAGCCUCUUUGUUCAGCUUUAUUUUCAUGCUGCAUCACUGAUGGUCCAGGUAACUCCACGGAAGCCUUUUGUCAAGAAGGCAAACAUUUUCGCCUCAGCCAUCAUGGCGUUCUCGCAGCCUGCUAGAACUUGACCAUUUUGUCCCUCUGGUGUAGGAGGAAGGAAGAUAAUACCAAGAUACAUUGAGUGGGAAAAAAAACAAACCUGGGCAGGCCAGUGUUUGCAUAGUCCCUGGAUGGUGACUGUGUUCAUUUUAAAUGACCCUGAACAUAAACUAGUAUGUGGGAAAGCAAACCACUUUCCCCUCCAAACAGUGGUUAUCUUGAGCCUUCAUAUAUUUAUUAAAAUACUUUAUGAGAACUACACUGUUAAACACGAGGAUAAAAUGCUCAAA